AUGGCCGUUGAUAACGGUGUGGCAGGCGGUGCCAGGCGGAGUCCAGAAUUCCUGCACAGUGAAAACGAUAUCGGCGAGGCUUCUAACCAAGACGCAGCGACGCGACGGCGCCAACAGCCACCGCUGAAAGCAGUCAACAAGCCUCGCGAGUGGAACAUUGAAAUCCUUUGGUACAAAUCUGCCAACGGCGUGGUGGUGGGUCUUUCUUUCUCCAUAAGCACCGGCACAUCGGUGUACGGAUUGGAAUGGAAUCUGUCGGUCACGAACUAUGGUGUUGACUGA